AUGCUACUGGUUCGCAGCAGGAUACUGAUACUGCAUCCUGCUCCCCCGAUUCCUUCACCCCGAGCUUUCGAUAUCAUCUCCUCCAACGGCUCCAACGACCUCUUGGAGUCCAUGGAUCACCUCAAGAUGGAGGACCGCCUCGGACCCGACGGUGAACCCGCCCCUAAGACGGACGAGGAGUACGCCCAGGCUCAGCUCACCCUCCGCGCCAUUGUUUCCUCCAAGGAAGCUGGUGUCAUUAUCGGCAAGGCCGGCAAGAACGUCGCUGAUCUUCGCGAUGAGACCGGCGUCAAGGCCGGCGUCUCCAAGGUCGUCCAGGGCGUCCAUGACCGCGUUCUAACUAUUACUGGAGGCUGCGAUGCCAUUUCCCGCGCCUAUGCCAUCGUUGCCCGCGCGCUACUCGAAGGUGCUCCCGCCAUGGGCAUGGGCGGCAUUGCCCAGGGCAAUGGCACUCACCCCAUCAAGCUGCUCAUCUCGCAUAACCAGAUGGGCACCGUCAUUGGCCGCCAGGGCCUAAAGAUCAAGCACAUUCAAGAUGUGUCUGGUGUCCGGAUGGUAGCUCAAAAGGAAAUGUUGCCUCAGUCCACCGAGCGGAUCGUCGAGGUUCAAGGCACCCCAGAGGGCAUCCAGCGCGCUCUCUGGGAGAUUUGCAAGUGCCUUGUCGAUGACUGGCAGCGCGGCACCGGCACCGUCUUGUACAACCCCGUUGUCCGCACCCAACCAGGCACCACUGGCAGCAUCGGUGGCACCGGUAGCUUUGGUGCCACUGGCAACGGCCGUGCCGAUUACAGCAGCCCCCGUGUCAUGCGCACCGGCAACGGCUCCGACUUUAGCAACGGCGGUGGCCCUCGCCCCUUUUCCCGCCGCUCCGACUCGGACGCCGCCUCGCGUGGCCCUCCUACCCACGAUGAGAAUGGCGAAGAAAUUCAAACGCAAAACAUUUCCAUUCCCGCAGACAUGGUUGGGUGCAUCAUCGGCCGUGCCGGCAGCAAGAUAUCCGAGAUUCGCAAGACGUCUGGUGCUCGCAUUUCCAUUGCCAAGGCUCCCCACGAUGAAACUGGUGAACGCAUGUUUACCAUCAUGGGCACCGCCAAGGCCAACGAAUCUGCUCUCUUCCUCUUGUACGAAAACCUCGAAGCCGAAAAGAUGCGCCGCAGCCAGCAGGACACCGAGUAG